AUGGCUCUGAGCUCUCGGGCGCUUGCCUUCUCGGUGGAAGCCUUGGUGGGGAGAUCCGGGAAAAGAAAAUUGCAAGACUCGAGGGAGGAGAUGCAGUCUGAGUUGCUGGAAAAAGAGGGCGGAGAGGAGGAGGAGAGAAGGAGCAGAGCCGCAGGGAAGAAGAGCCAGCAGCCCGCAGAAAAGCGACCCAAGACUGAGCCCUCAGCAACUGCUUUCUCAGGCUGUAGCGGCAGUGACAGUGACAACAGCUGCAAAAAUCUGGAAGAGAAAGAUGCUAUCCAGGUGGAGCUUCAAGGAUCUGAACUGUGGAAGAGAUUCCAUGACAUUGGGACUGAGAUGAUCAUUACCAAGGCUGGCAGGCGGAUGUUCCCCUCUGUUCGAGUCAAAGUGAAAGGGCUGGACCCAGGGAAGCAGUACUAUGUGGCCAUCGACGUGGUGCCAGUAGAUUCCAAACGUUAUAGGUAUGUGUACCACAGCUCACAGUGGAUGGUAGCUGGGAAUACAGACCACUCAUGCAUCACUCCCAGGUUCUAUGUUCACCCAGACUCGCCCUGCUCUGGAGAGACCUGGAUGCGGCAGAUCAUCAGCUUUGAUCGCUUGAAACUCACCAACAAUGAGAUGGAUGACAAAGGCCAAAUCAUUCUGCAGUCUAUGCAUAAGUACAAGCCCCGUGUGCAUGUGAUGGAACAGGACAGCAAGGUUGACCUGUUCAGGAUUCAGUCCCUGCCCACUGAAGGAGUUAAAACAUUCUUCUUUAAAGAAACUGAGUUCACCACAGUGACAGCUUACCAAAACCAGCAGAUUACCAAACUGAAAAUAGACAGGAAUCCUUUUGCGAAAGGAUUUAGAGAUCCCGGAAGAAACAGGGGUGUAUUGGAUGGGCUUUUAGAGAUCUACCCUUGGAGGCCUUCUCUCACUCUGGAUUUUAAAACUUUUGGUGCAGACACACAAAGUGGAAGCAGUGGCUCAUCUCCAGUGACCUCUAGUGGAGGGGCUCCCUCUCCUUUGAACUCCUUGCUUUUUCCACCCUGCUCUCUGCCUACAUUUCACUUACCUACAAGCUCCCUUGGAACGCCCUGUCCAGAGGUGUAUCUGCACAAUAUCAACCUGCCCCUUUGCUACAAGAUUUGCCCAACUAAUUUUUGGCGACAGCAGCCUCUUGUCUUGCCUUCUCCUGAAAGACUAGCAAGCAGCAACAGUUCUCAGUGUUUAGCCCCACUCAUGAUGGAAGUUUCCAUGUUAUCUUCUCUGGGGAUCACCAAUUCAAAAAAUGGUUCAUUUGAAGACUUAAGUGAGCAGUGUCUACAGGCACCUAAUUCUUCCAAUCAAAUGUUGUAUGGACUACAGCCACCUGGAAGUAUUUUAUCACCAAAUCCCAUUGCCCAGGAAGCAAUUGGUUGUUCUUUCCAUCCUUCCUAUGGUUUUUAUAGGUAUAACUUCUCAGUGCCAUCUAGACUGGUAAAUGUUGCCAACCAUCUCAAAGUCAAAGUGAAUGACAAUAGCCAAGUUUCUUUUAGAGAAGGCAAAUGCACUCAUGCUCAUUGGUAUCCAACAAUCAAUCAUUACCUUUAA